AUCACCGAUCAGACGACGAAAGUAGACCAUGGCAAACAACCGAUUCAAUCAAAUCGUAUUCGAAAGUCUCACUCGAAGACAACCUUCCUCUUCUCUUUCGGCUUCUACAUCACUAUCACCUUUGGUCUUCAGGCGUUUACGCCAUGACCUUGCCAAACACUCCAAUACCGGUCGUCUCGUUCAAUCUGCAGGUCCACCAGGUCGACAUGCGAAUGCAGGUCAAACAGUCACAGUCUUUGGUGCGACUGGAUUUCUAGGACGAUACCUUGUUCAUAAACUAGCCAAACGUGGUACACAAGUCAUUGUACCUUAUAGAGAUGAAGAUUCAAAGCGACAUUUAAGAGUGAUGGGAGAUUUAGGUCAAAUCGUACCACUCGAAUUCGAUUUAUCAAAUCAAACUUUAAUUGAUGAUUGUCUAAGACAUUCAAAUGUGGUAUAUAAUUUAAUUGGAAGAGAACAUGAAACUAAAAAUUAUAAAUUUGAUGAUGUUUUUGUAAAGGGUGCUGGAAUCUUAGCUGAACGUGCCAAAUCUCUUGGUGUUGAUCGAUUUAUUCAUCUUUCUCAUCUGAAUGCUUCUCAUGAUUCGAUUUCGAAAUUUUAUCGUACAAAAGCUCUUGGUGAACAACUUGUUAAAGCUACUUUUCCUGGGGCGACUAUCGUGAAACCGAGUACUAUGUUUGGACCUGAGGAUCGAUUCUUGAAUAAGAUGGUUACCAAGCCUUUCACUUUCAAAGUCAACGGUCUUGAAACUCGAGUCCGACCUGUUCAUGUUAUAGAUGUAGCAGAGGCAUUAGAGAUGAUGAGCCGAGCUCCUUCAACUAUUGGUCAAACCUUUGAACUCACCGGACCUCGUACUUACACGUACGAAGAACUCUUUGGAGUUCUAGAAGCUUUAACUCUCAAACCACUUACACCAUCGAUCGGAUUUCCUUAUUGGUUAUUCAAAUUAUUAGCAAAAAUUGUCGAUCGAGCAGUUUGGUGGCCGACAUUAAGUGAAGAUGAGAUUGUAAGAAGGACGAUUGAUGAUCGUGAAAGUCUUUCACCUGAUGCAUUAGGUUUUGAACAUUUUGGUAUUCAACCUGAUCUUAUUGAACAUGCUGCAAUCACUUAUUUGAGAUACUAUCGAUCAUCCUCUAACUUUGAUUUACCUAUUCAACAAGGUGGUAUGAAGUUAAAACAAGGAAAUUACAAUGUGAUGCAAUAAUUGAUUUCUGAUUGUUUCAUUCAAUUCUUUUUUCCUUCUCUUAUAAAUUUAAAAAGAUCUUUCCUAAAACUGUCUGGUAUCAACUCAAAGAUGCAAAUGAUCAAAUUAAGAUUGUUCCUAGU